AGAAAAUAACUUCUCGAAUCUCAGCUCAAACAGAAUACCGACUCAUCCCAUAACUGUGACUCUUCAAUCUCUUUUCUCUUCGGUUCUUCACAAUUCUUUCUGUUUCAAUCACAUUUUCUUCCAACUCUUUCGUAACGAAUUCAACAUGAGCAUUUCGAUCAAAGAUCGCUCGGAUUCCGAUCUCCUCCCAGCCGCUGCCGCCGCUUUGAGCGCUGAAGAUCGUGCUCUUUUGGUAAAUGCACUCAAGAAUAAGCUCCAGAAUUUGGCUAUGGAGGACGCAGACAUACUUACGACACUGUCACCACAAGUUAGGAAGCGCGUUGAUGCUUUGAGAGAGUUGCAGGGUCAACAUGAUGAACUGCAAGCUAAGUUUUUGGAGGAGAGUGCUGCACUUGAAACUAAAUACCAGAAGCUGUAUGAACCGCUGUACACAAAGAGAUAUGAAAUAGUAAAUGGCAUUGUUGAAGUGGAAGGUGUCAAUGUGGCUCCCCUGGAACAGGGAGACAAUCAAGGAACAGGAGAUGGUACAGAGAAAGGCGUUCCAAACUUCUGGCUGAAUGCUAUGCUGAAUAACGAGAUAUUGGCAGAGGAGAUCUCAGAGUAUGACGAAGAAGCUUUAGAAUUCCUCAAGGAUAUCAAGUGGUGCAGAGUCAAUGAUGCAAAGGGUUUUAAGCUUGAAUUCUUUUUUGAUACAAACCCCUUCUUCAAGAAUUCUGUAUUGACAAAGACCUAUCUCAUGGUUGAUGAUGAACUACCUGUAUUGGAUAAAGCAAUAGGGACGGAUAUUGAAUGGUAUCCAGGAAAAUGCUUGACACAGAAGAGUUUCAAGAAGAUGCAAAAGAACGGAUUAGAAAAUGUUGAGCCCGUAAUCCAGGUUGAGGACUAUGAAAGUUUUUUCGAAUUUUUCAAACCGCCACAAGUACCUGAAGUUGAUGUUGGCUUUGAUAUUCUUGAUAAUUCUCUUGAACAACUCCAGUAUCAAAUGGAACACGAUUAUGAAAUUGGCUCAAUAAUCAGGGUCAAAGUAAUCCCUCAUGCAGUAGCAUUGUUCACUGGUGAGCUUGGUGAAGACGAGGACUAUGAAGUUACGGAAUAUGAUGAUGAAGAAGAGAAGUAUGAAAAGAAGAGUAACGGAGCACAAACUGAGGAAGGUCAGCAGGGGGUGCACGUCCAACAGAUAGCAGAGCAAGAGUAGUUUGUAGUUGCACACUAGGUCUAGGUCACAAGCUCAUGAGUAACUGCAGUCUCGGAACCCUUGGUCGAUAGAUUUGCCUUAGCCAUCAUCCUUUUCUGCUUAUUUUUGUUUGUGAGUACUCUUGUCAUCUCUAGUGGUUUGUUGGUUCUGUGGUGUGCUUUUCUUACCACGAAACAUUGGAUUUUAUCUCCCAUCUCUGCAGUCGUCUGUUUAGGUUAAUACAAUACAAACUAUGAUUGCUUAUUGCAAAGGUUUAUACAUGAUUCAACUUUUCUAUAUA